GCCAGUGGUGUUUGACGGCCACGAUUUGGUUCAAGGAGACUGUGACCUGCGUGGAUAGCACCGUGGCAGACCUCUUGGACGAGCCCGGGCAGCCAGGGCAGCCUUAUCUGUCCGUGGAGCACCCCGAUGGCAUCCUACAUGGCCCGAGCUGGUCCGUGGUGCCGGUCACGGACUUCGACGGAGAAUACCUCCCGAAGGGUCCGAUUGAAGCUGCGAUGCACACCACGGAAACCUUAGCAGAUGCGAAAACAGUUGCUUGA